CUUAUCAUGAAUUUCAAAAUUUGAAACCCCCAAAUCAGAUAGACAGAUACUGUUGGUAUAUAAUCCAUCUAUCUUACUAGUUGCUAGUAUUACUAUCCCCGAUUAGUUUCAAAUUUCUCCGCACAGAAAUGGAAAACGUAUCGACUCUGAUUGUUCCUUGUUCCAAACACAAUCACAAAAUCUAUCAGCACUGGUUCAGUUUUGCUGAUUCAGAUGGCGAUGGUCGAUUAACCGGAAAUGAUAUCGACACUACAAAGUUCUUCUCUAUGUCCAAUUUGUCUCGUCCACAACUCAAGCAGGUUUGGGCAAUUGCGGAUUCGAAACGACAAGGUUUUCUAGGUUUGAAUGAGUUCAUCACUGCUAUGCAGUUGAUAUCUUUGGCACAAGCAGGGCAUGAACUAAGACAUGAUUUUCUCCAAACUAAAGUUGACUUUGACAAUCUGCAACCCCCAGUUAUGGAAGGUUUGAGUUCUUUGUUGAAUAAUAAGAAGGUUUCCACAACAACAGCAGAAACUGAGUUGAAUGGAACAAGGACUCUGCAACAGUCACCAUCUUUUAAUCUGCUUACUUCAAAAUUCACUAAGAAGAAGCCCCAAGCAUCUAUAAAUGCAGUCACUUCAAUAAAUGAUGGCUUGAAACGAUUAUACGUUGAAAAAUUAAAGCCUUUGGAAGUUGCUUACCGUUUUAAUGAAUUUGGAUUGCCCUUACUGACAGAUAGUGAUUUUAAUGCCAAACCCAUGGUUAUGCUCUUGGGUCAGUACUCAACAGGCAAAACCACAUUUAUUAAACAUCUGCUCAAAUGCAACUAUCCGGGAGCUCACAUUGGACCUGAGCCAACAACUGAUCGAUUUGUGGUCGUUAUGUCUGGGCCUGAUGAGAGGAGCAUACCUGGGAACACAGUAGCUGUUCAUGCUGAUCUACCAUUUAGUGGUUUAACAACUUUUGGUGGAGCAUUCUUGUCAAAGUUUGAGUGUUCCCAGAUGCCACAUGAGUUGUUAGAGCACAUUUCAUUUGUGGAUUCUCCUGGUGUUCUAUCAGGAGAAAAGCAGAGAACAGAAAGAAGUUAUGAUUUUACAGGUGCUAUAUCAUGGUUUGCUGCGAAGUGUGACCUUAUUCUCCUUCUCUUCGACCCACAUAAACUCGAUAUAAGUGAUGAAUUUAAGCGUGUAAUUUCAUCUCUACGAGGCCAUGAUGACAAGAUUCGUGUAGUCCUCAACAAAGCCGACCAAGUUGAUACACAACAACUAAUGAGAGUGUAUGGGGCUUUAAUGUGGUCGCUUGGAAAAGUUCUAAACACGCCUGAAGUUGUGCGCGUUUAUGUUGGCUCAUUCAACGACAAACCCGUAGAUGAAACAGCAGUUGGUCCAAUGGGAAAAGAGCUCUUCGAGAAAGAACAAUCUGACCUUCUCGUAGACUUGAUGGACAUCCCGAAGAAAGCAUGUGAUCGUCGGAUUAACGAGUUUGUUAAACGAGCUAGAGCCGCAAAGAUUCAUGCCUACAUUAUUAGACAAUUGAAAAAGGAAAUGCCCACGAUGAUGGGUAAAGCUAAGACUCAACAACGCCUCAUUGAUAAUCUUGAAGAUGUAUUCACAAAGGUUCAAACAGAAUUUCACUUAUCACCAGGUGAUUUUCCAGAUGUGGACCACUUCCGAAAGGUUUUGAGCACUUAUAACAUAGACAAAUUUGAUAAGGUAAAGCCUAAAAUGAUUCAAGCUAUAGAUGAAAUGCUUGGCCAUGACAUACCAGACCUUCUCACUAGUUUCAGAAAUCCAUACCAGUGAACUUCUACAUUUUGAGUGCAAAAAGCCUUUUUGCCUUGCUUGAAGUAUACAUAUUAUUGUGAUUCAUGUUAUAUAAAGACAAUUUGAUUCUGUCAACUUGUUUCCAUUGUUUUUUAGUUUCAAGAACAAGGAUUAUAAUUGUAACCUAAACCAAUCUUAUGAGAUGUUAUGGUUGCAAUUUUCGGCUAUACAUUUGGAGUUUUAAAUUGGUUGAAGCAUAUUAUUCUGUUUGAUAUAUUUAAUUGUUUCGAUCUGUAGUUGAACUCAGUUUUUUUA